CAGCGGCGACCAUCAUGACAGGGGUCGCGGCCGUGUCCUUCUUCUCCAACGCGUGUAGGUUUGCCGGCUGCGGGCUUCACUUCGACUCCCUGUCGGAGCUCAUCGUGCACAUCGAGGAUAACCACAUCGAUUCAGACCCUUGUCUUCUGGAGAAGCAGGAGCAGCAGCAGCCGACGUAUGUUGCCCUCAGUUAUAUCAACAGGUUUUGGACAGAUGAAGCAAGACGAGAACACGAGGCCGUGGUGAAGAAAAAGGUGCAGCCCAAGCUGUCUCUGUCUCUGACCGGAAAUCUUUCCCGCAGCCAUGUUUCCACUCCACCUCGCCACGCCAGUGGAAACCUCACCCCACCGGUCACCCCGCCCAUCACCCCCUGCUCCUCCUUCCGCAGCAGCACGCCUACAGGUAGUGACUGUGAUGAAGAAGAUGUGGAGUUUGAAGCGUCUGACAGCGACGAGUCGUGGACCACAGAGAGCGCCAUCAGCUCUGAGUCUAUCCUGAGCUCCAUGAGCAUGAACGGAGGAGACGAGAAGCCUUUUGCUUGUCCUGUUCCAGGCUGUAAAAAGAGAUACAAGAACGUGAACGGAAUCAAGUAUCACGCCAAGAACGGCCACCGAACCCAGAUUAGAGUGCGCAAACCUUUUAAGUGCCGGUGUGGGAAGAGCUACAAAACGUCUCAGGGUCUCCGCCACCACGCCAUCAACUUCCACCCGCCUGUCUCCGCAGACGUYCUUCGAAAGCUGCAGCAGUGAGAGGCUGAGUGGAAGUCUCUCAGGUCGUAUCGGCACCCACCUGAACGUGACCGUCACCAGCAGGAUCUCCUGACCUUUACCCCUCACCUGUCAGCGUUUGACUUUUAUUUCACCCUUAUUYCAGUUUGCAACAACACUAGGGUUUGAUUGCACGACUUAUUGUUUGUCUUUCAUUUGUAUUCAAGUUCUUUCAUA